AUGGCUUCCUCCUAUUCGUAUCCUGAAUUAUUUUUGGCGGGUUUUAUAUUUACCUUGCCGUUUCUUUACGAAAAAAGUGAUGUUUUCCGAUAUUACCUGAAAUUUUUCUUAUAUUAUCUAUAUGUGCUAGUAAUCUGCACGGUUUUAUUACCCGUAGUGCUCCUAUAUCCGCGCGACGUAACUAACUUAGUUGUUGCUUCCAGGUUUUGCCGUUAUGCUUCUUAUAUAGUGGGAAUAGAAUGGGAGCUGAGAGGUCUGGAGCACUGGGACAGCGAGCAGUGCUACAUAGUCAUUUCUAAUCAUCAGAGUUCUCUGGACAUUCUAGGAAUGUUCGAGAUGUGGCCUCGGAUGAAGCGCUGCACAGUGGUCGCAAAGAGGCCACUGAUGUUCACUGGCGCCUUUGGGUUCGGAGCCUGGCUGUCAGGACUGGUCUUUAUUGACCGCCUGAAGACUGACCGAGCUCGCCAGCUCAUGAGGGAGGCUACUGAGCGUGUUAUUCAAGAAAAGACUAAACUCUGGGUAUUCCCAGAAGGUGCAAGAUUCAACAAAGGCAGCAUCCCCUUUCAAAAAGGAGCAUUCUACCUCGCCAUUGACGCCCAAAUACCCAUCAUGCCAGUUGUAUUCAGCCAGUACUACUUUCUGGACAGUGACACCAAAACUUUUGAACCAGGGAAGGUAGUGAUCACAACAUUGCCGCCGAUACCGACGAAAGGCAUGACUCGAGACGACAUCGAGGUGCUCUCCGAGAUGGCACGCCAGAAGAUGAUAGAGGUAUUCAACGAGAGCUCAAAAGACCUAGUCAUGCAAAAGAAAAUAGCUAUAUAA